AUGCUUCUCUCAGCUAUUACCUCGUUGGCCCUCUUCGUGACGCUGGUCCGAUGUGCACCGACUGUACGUCGCGAUCAUCUCGUCGCUCGGAAGCUAUUGGGAUCGUCUUUUGGAGUCCCUAGGAAUGCAACCUAUGAUUAUGUUGUGAUUGGCGGUGGAAAUUCCGGCUUGACCGUAGCAGCACGGCUGGCAGAAGACCCCGCCGUGUCGGUGGCUGUGGUUGAAGCAGGAAGCUUCUAUGAAAUAGAGAACGGAAAUCUCAGCCAAAUUCCAGCAUACGAUACCUCUUGGUCCGGCAAAGACCCCAACGACGUCAACCGUGUAGACUGGGGAUUUGUUACUGAGCCGCAGAAGGAAAUGCUGAAUGCUAAAGUUCACUAUGCCCGCGGCAAGACUUUGGGAGGAUGCACUGCGCGAAACUACAUGGCCUAUCAUCGAGGGACCACGGGCACGUACAAAAUGUGGGCGGAUAUGGUUGGCGAUGAGAGCUACACCUUUGACAAUUUUGGCCCUUAUUUCGAAAAAUCCCUAAACUUCACGGAACCUAAAGGAAGUCGAGCACUCAACGCCUCGGCUGAAGUUGACAUCAAGACUCUCGGCAAUGGUACCGGGCCACUGUCAAUCACCUUCUCCAAUUACGCCAAUGCCAUGUCUUCCUGGGUCCAAAGAGGCCUCGCAGAUAUUGGCAUUCACCCCCAGCAAGGAUUCACCAGCGGAACCUUGGCUGGGUCUUCGUAUGUCCUUGAAAACAUUGAUGCUACUCUUCAAACGCGCGAGUCAUCAGAGACGGCUUAUCUCCAACCUGCUCUCAGUAAGACUGGCCUCAUGGUCUUUCAAUCUACCUUGGCGAAGAGAAUACUCUUCGACUCAAAGAAAAGAGCGACGGGAGUAUUGCUGAAGUCGGAUGGCCAUGUUCCCUAUGUGCUCUCGGCUAGGAAAGAAGUCAUCGUCUCGGCUGGGGCCUUUCAAUCCCCGCAAUUGCUAAUGGUAUCUGGUGUCGGCCCCAAGGCUGCGCUUGAGGAACAUGGCAUCCCGAUCGUUGCAGACCGUCCUGGUGUUGGCCAGAACAUGUGGGACCAUGUCAUCAUGGGACCUUCGUAUCGCGUCAACGUCAUUACGUCAAGUUCACUUGGGGAUCCUGCCGUCUUAGCUGAGGCUGAGCGGCUCUACAACGAGAAACAAGAAGGGAUCUUGACCAACUCAGGAGGCGACUUCCUCGCAUGGGAGAAGAUUCCUGCAAAGCUGCGUUCAUCAUUCUCCAACAACACGCUUGCCAUGCUCAAUGCCAGCUUCCCCAGUGACUGGCCAGAAGUCGAGUACCUUUCGAUGAGCGGAUUUCUUGGAUAUCAGGAAAACUACGCGCGCGACGCCCCGACUGAUGGCUUCAACUACGCCACCGUAUCAACAGCACUGGUCGCACCGCUUUCGAGAGGGACUGUCGGUAUUCGAUCGGCAGACAUGGUCGACGCACCGGUGAUAGACCCACGCUGGUUAAGUCACGAAGCUGAUCGCGCGCUUGUGGUGGCGGGCUACAAGCGAGUGCGGGAGAUGUUUGCCACCAGCACUAUGCAGCCGGUGCUCAUUGGUCCCGAGUACUUCCCCGGUGCAAAUGUCACCAGCGACGAGGACAUCUUGCACGUGAUUCGCCAGACGAUGAGCACUGUCUACCACGCUGCCUGCACAUGCGCCAUGGGCCGAUCAAACGACAGCAAUGCAGUGGUAGACAACAAAGCACGCGUUCUGGGCGUCCACGGGCUGCGCGUUGUCGAUGCUGCUGCUUUUCCGCUGCUGCCUCCAGGUCAUCCUGUAGCAACAAUCUAUGCAUUGGCUGAGAAGAUUGCAGAUGAUAUACUCAAGGGCUUGGAUCGCUCGGAGAAAUGUCCAUCGUCUCCCAUUACCAGGCCACGGGGUGAUGGGUCAACACAUUUGUCAUCAGCUAUUACCUAUGUUGUCCAGAAUCAGAUGAAAACCUGCCAUGGCUUGUGGCUUACAUCCUACGAUGUGGGGGCAGGAUGUAGGAUUAUCGAUUGUGUGGCUAAAAUGGAGAUCCGCAAACGCGACAUUGAGAAGGCUGUCCAAUAUGACGGCGAGUAG